CUAAACCUAUUCGUACAGCAUCGGGUAUUGCGGUUGUUGCCGUCAUGUGUAAGCCACACAGGUGCCCACACAUCACCUUCACUGGAAACAUCUGCGUCUAUUGUCCUGGAGGUCCAGAUUCAGAUUUUGAAUAUUCUACACAGUCUUAUACAGGAUAUGAGCCAACAUCAAUGAGAGCUAUAAGAGCAAGGUAUAAUCCUUACCUUCAGUCAAAGCAUAGACUAGCUCAGUUGAAGCAGCUGGGUCAUUCCAUUGAUAAGGUAGAGUACAUCGUGAUGGGCGGUACCUUCAUGGCGCUGGACGACGCCUACAAAGACUUCUUCAUUCGUAAUCUUCACGACGCACUUUCUGGUCACACAAGCAACUCUGUUGAAGAAGCUGUCAAAUAUUCUGAGAGGAGUAUUGUAAAGUGCAUUGGCAUUACAAUAGAGACAAGGCCUGACUACUGCCUCAGAAAGCACUUGAGUCAGAUGCUCUCCUACGGUUGCACUAGAUUAGAAAUCGGAGUUCAGAGUGUCUAUGAGGAUGUAGCUAGAGACACAAACAGGUUUGUAAAAGAAGGAGAUAUAGACACAUUCACAUACAUACACUACAUGUAUCAUUAA